AUGGGGACGGGGGCGGUUGGGCUUUUAAAUCAUAAAACCGCGGGAAACUUCGCCACGCCAGGCAUUGCAGAACAAGAGGCCUUCGCAAAGAGGCCAUUUGACACAGCUACCAGCAGCAGUAGCAGCAUGAAUGACGAAGAGAUUGGAGAGAAGGAUUCCGAGGAUUUCCUCACCAACCUCUUCCAUUCUUUACUCAAUAAUGGAGGAGAAGAAUCUUCUUACAAUCAUGUCAUGGAGCUCAGCCGGUGGGUGGUGCUGGGAUCCAUCAUUGGGUUUGUUGGUGCAGCUCUUGGCAGCAUUGGUGGCAUUGGAGGAGGAUGGAUCUUUGUGCCCAUGCUCCCCUUGAUCAUUGGAUUUGACCCCAAGACAUCAACAGCCAUUUCCAAGUGCAUGAUCAUGGGUGCUGCAGGAACAACAGUAUACUACAACCUGAGACUGAGGCACCCAACCAUGGACUUACCAAUCAUUGACUAUGAUCUAGCACUGUUGUUUCAGCCCAUGAUUAUGUUGGGCAUCAGCAUUGGAGUUGCUUUGAAUAUAAUCUUUCCAGAUUGGAUGCUCACUGUCUUCCUCAUCAUCCACUUACUAGGAAGCUACAAGUCUCUAGGCCUCACAAAGAAAUGGUGCAGAACUGGAAUACAAGGCACUCCCUGGGGCUCUCCUGCUAAUCCACAAUGUAGAACUUCAUCAGAUGAUGAGGAUAACAUCUACUGGAAGGAAUUAACAGUUCUUUCAUCCGUAUGGGCAGCAUUUGUGGCAGUCCAGAUAGUCAAGACAUACACCACACAGUGCUCCACAGAGUAUUGGGUUCUAAACAUCAUGCAGGUGCCAAUUGUUGUUGCUAUCACAAUCAAUGAAACUAUCGGCCUCUGUGAAGGAAAGAGAACCAUUGCCUCAAGGGGCAACCUAGAAACCAAACGGAAGAUUCAUCAGCUGCUUGGGUUUGGAGGAGGGCUCAUCCUUGAACCAUUGUUUCUUGAAAUGGGAGUUCCUCGACAGGUUCUAUUCUCUUGA